AUGUCAUCAGAGAUCUCGUCUUUCCUCACUUGGACCGCACUUUCCGUCUUCGCCUGGACAAUCUAUGGAGCCAUCUGGCGGCUGUAUCUGAGCCCCUUGGCCGCGUUUCCUGGGCCGAAGAUUGUAGCCUUGACCUCCUGGGUGGAGUUUUACCACGACGUGGUUAAGAAAGGCACAUACAUGUGGGAGAUUGAGAAGAUGCAUCAGAAAUACGGACCAAUUGUCCGUGUGAGCCCUUACGAGUUGCACUGCAUUGAUCCGGACUUCUACAAUGUCAUCUACGCCGCGCUGCCCCAGAAGAGGGACAAGUACGAAAGGUUCACACGGUCGCCCGACUGCAACAACGCUACCGGUUUUACCGUCGAACAUGCCCAUCAUCAAGAUAGUAUCAAGGCUUGUGUGGAUCAGCUCUGCGCUAACAUCGUCCGCGCCCAUGCCGCCAAGGAGCCAUUCAAUCUCACUUUGGGGUCGAUUGCUACCACCAUGGAUGUCCUCACCAGCUAUAGCUUUGGCCAGUCUUUCGGGCUGCUGGCUGAUGAGGCUCUCGCUACUCAAUGGCGCGAUACCGUUUUUCACAUUAUGCGGGCCCUCCCUAUCGUCCGUGCCUUCCCGCUGCUAGUGCGGCUGGUUGACCUCUUACCCCCGAUCAUCUCCAAGCGGAUCACCCCUGAUCUGUCAAUCUUGAUAGGAUGGAAACAGCGACUAUCCGAAGAGGGCGCAAUUCUCCUUAUCGCAGGGAGCGAGACCCCGGCCAAGGUCAAUGCGGUCUUGUGGUAUCAUCUUCUAGCGAAUCCCACCAAACUCCAGCGUUUGCGAGCCGAAUUGACCCGAGUCUAUCCGGAUCCCAAGCACCCAUUACCGUCUCUGACAGAGCUUGAGAAGCUGCCUUACCUCAAUGCCUGUAUUCUAGAGGGGCUGCGCCUGCAGAGUGGAGUUUCAGGUCGUUCGCAUCGGCUGGCCCCCACAAGUCUCAGCUAUGGUGCCUGGACGAUCCCUGCCCGCACACCUCUCAGUUCAAUCUCCGUUUUCCAGCACUAUGAUCCUGUGCGGUUCCCUGACCCACAAGCCUUUCUUCCUGAGCGAUGGCUCUUAGAGGACGGGUCGGGGAUCCGCGUGGAGCUAAAGCGCAGCAUCGUGGCUUUUGGAGCGGGGACACGAUACUGCCUUGGAACAUCUCUCGCAUAUGCGGAGUUGUACUUGAUGGCGGUGGCUUUGGCGACGAGGGUUGAUAUGGAAUUGUUUGAGACAGCUAUCGACGAUGUGAAGAUCGCGCUGGAUUGGACAAUUUCUCAGCCGAAGCCUGAUACUCAGGGUGUCAGAGUCAAGCUGCGGCAACCUACUCAUUCAACUGGCACUACCAAUAUGGCGUUGAAUACUCCCUCAAAGGCUGAUUAUCUCAUAAUCGGUGGGGGAACCGCCGGUUUGGUGGUUGCAAGCCGAUUGUCCGAAGAUCCCAACAUCCAGGUGGUGGUAUUGGAGAGCGGUCCAAAUUGGUGUUUUUGGGUGUUUAGGGUGGGUGUUUAG